UUUCAUUCAAUGCAUUCAACAACCAUAAAGCGACGCCAUUCAAUUCUCAAGCAGCAUCUACUGCCCGGUCAUCUUCUACAUAAUGGUCCCUAUUUUCUUCUUUUUGAUUCUUUUUUCAAAUUUGCUUCCAAAAGAUUUCUCUAGACAUAUACCCAUUUAUAUCUGUGAUAUUGUUUUUAGUAUAGCUUUUCAGUUUCAUCUUUCAUCUCCAUUUAAAGAGAGUGUUUGAUAAUUAGUGUGAAAGUUUGAUGUUUUUAUUGCUUAUAAUUGAGCCAUCUUUGUCUGGUAAUGAGGAACACUGAAAUGGAUCAUGCACAACAUAGACGUUCUAAAAGUGCAUCUGAGAGGAGCUUGGAGAUUUCAAGAAAUGGAGCUUUGCGUUCAAGCAAGGAUGAUAGGAACGGAGCACAGCAGAUGUCGCCAUUUACAACUAGGGCAAAUAGGACACGAAGUCCUCUCCAUGAAUAUCCUACUUGUACAGACAGAAAUACUUCGACAAAUCAUCGAGCUUCCUUAGAAAAAGAUGUUGAGCUGCUGCAGCUAAAGUUGCAGCAAGAGAAAUCUAUGCGAAUGAUGCUGGAAAGAGCAAUGGGACGAGUUUCGAGCACUUUAUCCCCUGGUCAUAGGCAUUUUGCAACUCAGACAAAGGAAUUAAUUGACGAGAUUGAAUUAUUAGAAGAAGAAGUUUCAAACCGGGAGCAGCAUGUACUAUCAUUAUACAGGACUAUUUUCGAGCAAUCCGCGAGUCGGGCGCCUUCAGAGCAAAAUUCUGGAAUGGCUUCUCCUGCUCAUACAAAGAAUGCAUCCAGAAAACACCCUAGUAUUAUUUCAAGCGCCUUCUGCUCUUCGAAAAAGUUCCCUCUCCGACCACUUCAAGCAUUAGUUUCUAUCAAUGAGGCUGCAAAAAGAUCCUCCAAGGCUUGUGAUGUUACUGCAUCAACCGCAAAAAAAGACAUUCAUUUAGAGAAGAGUUGUUUUGAUGGGAUCAAGGCUCAUGAAAAGAUUCAAGCCAUGGACAAAACUUCAAUGGUCAGAACUCUGAAAGAUCAUCUGUACCAAUGCCCUAGCAAGUUGUCUGAGGAAAUGGUCAGGUGUAUGGCUGCAGUAUACUGCUGGCUUCGUAGCACAACAUCUAUGACUCCUGGAAAAGACAGAUCACCUAUGUUGUCAAGGUCAUCCACUAAUGUUGUACUCCCUAGACGAGGUAUCAGAGAUUAUCGAGAUUGGUCUUGCAAAUCCAUGGUAGAAAUAUCUUGGAUUUCGACUGAUAAAACACAGUUCUCUCGUGCAUCUUAUGCCAUCAGUAACUAUAGAGUUUUAGUGGAGCAACUAGAAAAAGUGACUGUCAGCAAAAUGGAAAAGGAUGCACAAAUUGCAUUCUGGAUCAAUGUGUACAAUGCCCUCAUUAUGCAUGCAUAUUUAGCAUAUGGAAUUCCUCACAACUCUUUGAGAAGGUUAGCCUUGUUUCAUAAGGCUGCUUAUAACAUUGGUGGUCAUAUUAUUAGUGCAAAUGCCAUAGAGCAGUCCAUAUUUUGUUUUCGUACACCCAGAGUUGGAAAGUGGCUAGAGACCAUCCUUUCAACUGCAUUGCGGAAAAAAUCUGGUGAAGAAAAGCAACUUAUUAGCUCCAAGUUUGGUCUUUCGGACGCUCAACCCCUAGUCUGCUUCGCCCUCUGUACCGGAGCAUUUUCUGAUCCCGCGUUAAGAGUGUAUUCAGCAACAAGUGUUAAAUAUGAGCUAGAAGUUGCAAAAAGAGAGUUUCUUCAAGCAAAUAUAGUUGUGAAGAAGUCAAGGAAAGUAUUUCUACCCAAAUUACUCGAGCGAUUCGCGAAAGAGGCCUCUAUUAGCUCAGAUGAUCUUCUCAAGUGGGUUACUGAAAACGUCGAUAAGAAACUCCAUGACUCGAUCCAGAAAUGCAUCCAUGGUAAAUCAAGCAAAAAGGCAUCACAAAUCAUAGAUUGGUUACCUUACAGCUCUAGGUUCCAAUAUGUGUUCUCCAAGGAACUAACAGAGAAACCAUGGUGGGUAUGACUUAACUAUGUAUGAUUUUAUGCAGGAUUAUUGAUCUUUGUGGUAGGCUAUGAAUUAGAAGUUUAACUUAAUUUGCAGGCAGUGUAUUGUAAAAUUAAUUGACAUGUUCAUUCUAACGAGCUCAAUAUCGUUUGUAAAAGCAAAGUGGCCCCUUGUCUACCUCUAGAUCCAAUAGACAAUAAUGGCUUUGUCUUCC